UUCGUGGCAUUUUGUCGGUGCCUCUGCAGUAAAGCGCAGGAGCGGACGGAGAGCGGUGCCGAUAGCAUUGCAUUGAGUUUGAGUUUAAAAAAACAAACAGAUUUAUCCUAUAAUCAGGCACCUGAAAGAUGUCGCGUCCCCUGUCAGACCACGAGAAGAAGAAGCAGAUCUCGGUGAGGGGUCUUGCGGGAGUGGAGAAUGUGACGGACCUGAAGAAAAAUUUUAACCGUCACCUGCACUUCACCCUGGUCAAGGACCGCAACGUCGCCACGCCUCGGGAUUACUACUUCGCGCUGGCCCACACCGUCCGGGACCACCUGGUGGGGAGAUGGAUCCGAACCCAGCAGUACUACUAUGAGAAAGACCCGAAACGUAUUUACUACCUCUCUCUGGAGUUCUAUAUGGGGAGGACUCUUCAGAACACCAUGGUCAACCUGGGGCUGGAGAACGCCUGCGAUGAGGCCACCUACCAGCUGGGGUUGGAUAUGGAGGAGCUGCAGGAGAUCGAGGAAGAUGCUGGGCUGGGUAACGGAGGUCUCGGUCGUCUCGCAGCCUGCUUUCUCGACUCCAUGGCCACUCUGGGCUUGGCUGCCUAUGGCUACGGUAUCCGUUACGAGUUUGGCAUCUUCAACCAGAAAAUCAGCAAUGGCUGGCAGGUGGAGGAGGCUGAUGAUUGGCUGCGCUAUGGUAACCCCUGGGAGAAGGCCCGCCCCGAGUACACGCGUCCUGUCCAGUUCUACGGGAGAGUGGAGCACACUCCUGAUGGGGUGAAGUGGGUCGACACACAGGUUGUUCUAGCCCUGCCUUAUGACACCCCAGUGCCUGGCUACAGGAACAACACCGUCAACACCAUGCGACUGUGGUCUGCAAAAGCACCCAACGAUUUCAACCUCAAGGACUUUAAUGUGGGCGGUUACAUUCAGGCAGUGCUGGACAGAAACCUGGCUGAGAACAUCUCCCGUGUGCUUUAUCCCAACGAUAACUUCUUCGAGGGGAAAGAGCUCCGUUUGAAGCAGGAGUAUUUCGUGGUCGCAGCCACGCUGCAGGACAUCAUCCGUCGCUUCAAGUCCUCCAAGUUUGGCAGCCUGGAAGCCGUGCGCACCACCUUCGACGCCUUCCCUGACAAGGUAGCGAUCCAGCUUAAUGAUACCCAUCCUGCCAUGGCUAUCCCAGAGCUCAUGAGAAUCCUGGUGGAUGUGGAGAAACAGUCCUGGGAACAGGCCUGGGAUGUGACGGUUCGUACCUGUGCCUACACUAAUCACACGGUGCUGCCGGAGGCUCUGGAGCGCUGGCCGGUGCCCCUGCUUGAGCAGCUGCUCCCCCGACACCUGGAGAUCAUCUACGAGAUCAACCGACGCCACAUGGAGAGGAUCUCCUCCCUGUAUCCCGGGGAUUUUGAUCGGAUGCGCAGGAUGUCUGUGAUCGAGGAGGGGGAUGUGAAGAGGAUCAACAUGGCUCACCUGUGCAUCGUGGGCUCGCAUGCUGUCAAUGGAGUGGCGCGCAUUCACUCUGACAUCCUGAAGGCUACUUUAUUUAAAGAUUUCUAUGAAACGGACCCAGGAAAGUUUCAGAACAAGACGAACGGCAUCACUCCUCGACGCUGGCUGGUGCUGUGCAACCCGGGCCUGGCAGAGAUCAUCGCAGAGAAAAUCGGAGACGAUUACAUCCGGGACCUGGACCAGCUGAAGAAGCUGCUGAAGUUUGUGAACGAUGAGGGAUUAAUCCGGGACAUUGCCAAAGUCAAACAGGAGAACAAGCUCAAGUUCAGUGUCUAUCUGGAGAAGGAGUACAAGGUGAAGAUCAACCCCAACUCCAUGUUCGACCUGCAGGUCAAGAGAAUCCACGAGUAUAAGAGACAGCUGCUCAACUGCCUGCACAUCAUCACCAUGUACAACCGUAUCAAGAAGGAGCCCAACAAACAGUUCACCCCCCGCACGGUCAUGAUCGGAGGCAAGGCUGCUCCCGGCUACCACACAGCUAAGAUGAUCAUCAAGCUCAUCACUGCCAUCGGUGACAUUGUGAACAAUGACCCUGUGGUAGGGGACCGGCUGAAGGUCAUCUUCCUAGAGAACUACAAGGUGUCUCUGGCUGAGAAAGUGAUCCCGGCGGCUGACCUCUCCGAACAGAUCUCCACAGCCGGCACCGAGGCCUCCGGCACGGGCAACAUGAAGUUCAUGCUGAACGGAGCGCUGACCAUCGGCACCAUGGACGGAGCCAACGUGGAGAUGGCAGAGGAGGCGGGCGAGGGGAAUAUCUUCAUCUUCGGCAUGAGGGUGGAGGACGUGGACCAAAUGGACCGCAAGGGGUACAAUGCUAAGGAUUACUACGAUCGCAUCCCUGAGCUGAGGCAGGUCAUCGAUCAGAUCAGUGGGGGAUUCUUCAGCCCCAAGCAGCCAGACCUGUUCAAGGACAUCGUGAACCUGCUGAUGUACCACGACAGGUUCAAAGUGUUUGCUGAUUACGAGUCGUACAUGAAGUGCCAGGAGUCUGUGAACGCUCUGUACAAGAACCCCAAGGAGUGGACAAAGAUGGUGAUCCGCAACAUCGCCGCCUCGGGCAAGUUCUCCAGCGACCGCACCAUCUCCGAGUACGCCCGUGAGAUCUGGGGGGUGGAGCCUAGCACCGCCAAGAUCCCCGCCCCUGACGACCCCCGCUAAGCUAGCCCCUCCCACCACAGCCCCGCCCACUCGCAACCUGCCCUCGCCCCGUUUACGAAGCCUAUAAUUGUGGAUAGAAAAAGGGAUAGGAUAGAUAAGGGUGACACCUGGAGGCUGGAUGGAUCUUAAACACAAAUCUAGAAGAAACUAUACCACUCCUUUGCACUGCACAAUUAUAUAUUUCGCUUUGGUCUUCCAGCCAUUAGGGGGCACUGUGAUGAAUUGCUACCCCUUUUUGUUAUAGCACGUACCCAUGCCAUAUUCCGUUUAUUUUGCUUGUGUGCUGGUUAUUUGAGUGUAUUCUUGUUAUUUUUAGAGAAAGGCUGUGUUCCCCUUUUGUCUCGUGUUGUUUUUUAAAAAAGGCUGUCCCUGCAAAUGCAUUUUAAGCCAAACUCAUCCCCCUUUGUUACAAUAGGUUGGAACAACCCACUUCAUUGCGAAAGGGGGGAGUUUUGAAACUAAGCACCUUGUGGAAGCAGGUGGAAUUACACUCCUGUUGCCUGCCCGCUCCACCUAGCGAGAGAGAUUGCAAUGGAAAAUGUAAUUAAGCAGCUGCUUCCCUGAUCUAUAUCGUCAUCAUUGUGUGUUCUAAUUGUCUUGUCAAAUUGUGUCGCCCUGUCCACAUCGUUGCACUGUAGUUGCCAAUGUGUUUGCGUGACUGUGUAGGUGAGCGAGUGAUUUCGCUAGGCAGCUAAUUCAGUAGCAUGGAUAUAUAUAUAUAUAUAUAUAUGUGUGUGUGUAAAGAAUAAUAUAGUAUAUCAAUUUAUUAAUCCCAGCCUGCAAAGAAUGUAAAGGGGCAGGAUGUAAACCUCAAAGUCUGGCAAGUCAGUCCUUUUUAAAGUGUUUGGUUUCCUUAUUCAAUUUGAGAAUUCCCCAUUGGUGUCCUGUAAUAAUCCUGAUGUACUACCCUGAGGAAACCCUAGCCAGCAGCAUCAUCGCAGUAUUUCCAAUUCCACCAUUAGCAGCCUCUUCCCAUUGUCACUGUCCUUAUCUUAGCAUUGCCAUGUUAGUACCACCAUUUUGUCUCAAGGUCAGCUUUUGACUUGGUCAGCUCCCCCUGCCUCCAUAACCCUCCAAUCGUCUGGCUUCGUUUUGACCCUGGUGCUAGAACUGAUUUGGACAGACGUGAGGCUUCAGCUUGGACUCUGUAUCAUACUGUGAUGCUCCAGUUAAACAAAUAAAAUACGGAGAUGGGGGGGAAAAAAA